AUGCCGAAGAAUAAGGGAAAAGGAGGUAAAAAUAGAAGAAGAGGAAAGAACGAGAAUGAUUUUAUGAAACGAGAAUUGGACACAAAAGACGUUGGACAAGAGUAUGGGCAGGUUUCGAAGAUGUUAGGGAACGGAAGAGUGCUGGCAUUUUGUUUCGAUGGAAAACAAAGGGUGUGUCACAUUCGCGGAAAAUUGCGAAAGAAGGUUUGGAUCAAUACCGGAGAUAUCAUCCUUGUUGGGCUCAGGGAUUACCAAGAUGACAAAGGUGACGUUAUCCUGAAGUACACACCAGAUGAAGCUAGACGAUUGAAGGAAAAGAAUGAGUUGCCUGAACACGCCAAAAUCAAUGAGAAUGACGAACAAGAGGAAGGAGAGAUUGAAUUCCGAGACCUUGGUGCUGAGUCUGGAGAUGAAGAAGGCGUGGAGGAAGGCAACAAUUUGCCCUCCAGCGGAAGUGAUGAAGACGAAGAAGAGGAAAGUGAAGAAGAUGAGGAAUCAAGUGAAAGUGAGUGAUGAGGGAGCUGACAAUUUCAUAAAUGAAGAGGAUCUGGCACGUGGGCGAGGUUUGAAAGCUUCCGGACGUGGUGGAAGAAACAAGUAUAAUAAAAGGAGAUAAAUACGAGAUUGCCCAUCGUCGUUCCUACAGCUGUGUUCUUUCGGUGUUGUCGAUUUAUCCGUUCGGCGUGUCGUCCUUUGUAAACCUUAUUUGACCUUUCUCUAUUUCAUCCUAAUUUGGUCGUUUGAUACUGAACCUCUUGGGGAGUUCAUUUACCUGUGUAUUUUGACAGCAAAGACUAACUGUCUGC